AUGUCAAUAGCCAUACCCACAGAAAUUGACAUAGAUGGCUCUACAUACUACCAGAUUGACAUCAAACUACCGCUCCGCUCAUACUCGAUAAAGAAACGGUACUCAGACUUUGAACAACUAGUUGACACAUUAUGUCAUGACUUGGGCAUUGGCCAUAAAGAUUUCCCCUAUGCCUUACCCGGAAAGCGAAUCAAUUGGUUAAACAAAUACAACGUGAUUGAAGAGCGUAAACGAGGUCUAACCGAGUUCCUCAAUGCCAUGAUUAGUGAUCGCGCGUUGCAGAAUGAAUGUGAAUUUAUAAGUUUUUUACAAUUGCCCAAAAACUUCAAAUUUCAAGACCGACCUCAGGUGAAUAACGAGAACUGGCAUGAAUUGUAUCGUAAGGUAAAAAGUGAACUUUUUGAGCUAUCCAAAACGUAUGGAUCAAAUGUAAUCAAAUUAAAGGAACAAAUUAGAAAAUCUAUUCAACCUUCAAUCACUGAUCUAAUCACAUCGAGUGCUACUGAAGACAAGGUCGAAUCGCAAAGACGUCGCGAUAUGAUUAGUCAACUCCAAUCGAAAAUUGAUGAAAUGUUGAUUCAACCACAACAGCUGGAUGUCCAAUCAUUUUCGCGAGUAUUGGGUGGUGGUGGCAAAGGUGGUAAGGAUGCCAAAGAGACCGAGGAGACUCUACCAUUGAAUAACAAGGAGCUUUUACAACACCAGGUGCAAAUACACCAGACACAGGAUCAGGAGUUGGAACAAUUGCGUAUGAUUAUUGCUCGACAGAGGCAAAUAGGGGAGACAAUUAGUACUGAAGUCGAAGAGCAGAAUGCAAUGUUGGAUAAAUUUAAUGAAGAAGUUGAACAGACCACAGAUAAGAUCAAACAAGCAAGGAGGAGAACAAGAAAGAUCUUGUAG